UUGACUUAUCGAAAUUUGCACAGCAAAAAAAGGAAGCCUCGCGCAGUUUGUGAAUUAUAUCCGUGAUGUCAAUUAUUUCCAUUGAAGUUCCUAUUCAGUCGUAUGCUGGUCAGCUGCUCAUCGUCAAUGAUCUUAUUCUGCCGGACGCAGGCUCUCAGGAUGCAAGCAAGGCAAAAGUGUCGAUGAAGAAAAAUCAACGUGCAUCCUUCUUUGACCGCAACAGUAUCUAUAAAAAGAUAAUGAAGCACUUGUCCCAGGGCAACCAGGCGGAUGAUAUUAACAUUUCCGAGCAAGAAUGGCUCCUGGACGCUUUUUUGGCCGCCUUGGAGACCUACAUGAAACAUGUGGUCAAGAAGACUAUCGAAUUGUGCGAGCAUCGAACGAGCUAUCAUCUGCACAACGACCAGCGUUGUGUGAUGAAGAAUGAUAUGAGGGUCACGAUGAUGUUCCUCAACGAUCUCGAGAUGGCCGACUAUGGAUCAUCGGAUGACGAGACCGGCUUUUAUCGCAAGCGCCGGGCAGAAAACAUUGACGAGGAGAGAAAGGUAGCUCGUCUGGAAUCGGUGAAUGAUACGGCCUUGCUGGCCAUCGGCGGUCGAAAGCGCCCGGCGGAACAACCAGCCCCAGAUGGUGCUCCAAGUGGAUCAAAAGUCGGCAAAGUGCCCUGUGCUCCGAUCCAGCGAACACUUGCUCCGCGAUUUAAGCAUAUGAACAUCAGGGAUGUUCUGCAGUUUAUGGAGGAGGACAGACGCUACGCCCGGUCCAACAUGCUUUUCGAAGCAUAUUUGAAAUAUAAGUCAUAGUUAUGUAAUUAUAAAGACUUUCCAAAACAGAUUAUUCUGUUUUAUUCAGCACAUUAAAA